CACGUGCCCUAUUUAUAUAGAGCUUCUUAUGCAAAUAAGAUAAGUUAAAGUCCUGUGUCUGAUAGGUAGCUGUUCAAGAAAAACGUCAUAGAUAAGUCCUGACCAAUCAGAGCGCAAGCAUACCAAAUUCGCAUUUUCAUUGGUUAAAAAGAAGCCACAUUCCUGACCAAUAAGACAUCUUCUUUUUCGCGCCCAAUAAGGGUUAUAAAAAAUGCAGUCGCAGCACUUUCAUUUUGGCAGUUACCUGUAGUGAAGUUGGAGUCGGAAUGUCUGGUCGAGGUAAACAGGGCGGCAAGGCUCGCGCCAAGGCCAAAACCCGCUCCUCGCGGGCCGGGCUUCAGUUUCCUGUGGGCCGAGUGCACCGCUUGCUGCGCAAGGGCAACUACGCCGAGCGGGUCGGGGCCGGCGCGCCUGUGUAUCUGGCAGCGGUGCUGGAGUAUCUGACGGCCGAGAUCUUGGAGCUGGCGGGUAACGCGGCCCGCGACAACAAGAAGACGCGCAUCAUCCCGCGCCACCUGCAGCUGGCCAUCCGCAACGACGAGGAGCUCAACAAGCUACUGGGCAAAGUCACCAUUGCUCAGGGUGGCGUCCUGCCGAACAUCCAGGCUGUACUGCUGCCUAAGAAAACUGAGAGCCACCACAAAACCAAGUAAGGGAAAUCAAGUUCUUCCCCAUCUACUUCCAAAGGAAUGUGAACAAAAGAGGUGGUCAGCUGACUUUGCCACCCAAAAAUACACCGCUUUGGCAUACAGAUUAUUGUGAGCUGAAGACAAAUGAGAAGAAGCAGAUACAAGAAAAGUUCUCUGCCUUCUGCCUAUUUGCCAAAAAGCAGGACAUACAUUUACUAAAGGGGCCACCUCCCUCUCCUCUCUAAAGAAGGACAAAGAUUAAUCCCCUGAGACAACUGUAGACCCUCUCAGCCUGGAAUCUAAAUAACAAAGUUUGCUAACUAGCCUUUGUCUCCUCUCUUAGAAGCCUAAAACUGCUUCCCUUUGUCCUGUCAUUUCCCCACAAGUUUAUUGUUCUUUUUGGAAGAUGCAGUAUAAACCAGAAUUCUCAGUCACCACUGAGAGUUACUUAUUUUUCCCCGGAUAGUCCCUACGUGAGGUAUACAAGUUAAGAAACUUCUGUUUGUUUGUUUCUUGUUUAUCCGUCUUUUGUUACAGGGGUCUCAGCUAAGAACUCAAAAGGGUAGAGGGGAAAUUAUUUUUCCUCCCCUACAGACACAGCCUCACAUAACUUUAAUACUGCAAUGUUCUCUCCUUGUAAACUAAAUCCAUUGAAGACUGAAAAUACCCUUAGACCUGUGUAUUACAUAUUAAAGUGUUAUUCCUGCCCUGUACUUACCAAAAGCUCAGUCAGAGAGGGACAAUAUGUCCUCGAAUACAUAUCAGUAAGUGGUCCCAAACAAUCCUUGUCUGAAAUGCAAAUCAAGAGCCAAAUUCUGACUAUGUAACACCCGUCAAUUACUUCAAACAGCCUAUACAUUGAAGGAAGUCUCCCUGCACUAUUAGUAUAUACCCAGGUUGUCUUCACAAUCUGGUUGAAAGAUAUAAAGUACACAGAAUGGGAAAUUCCUAGAGAUAACAGUGCCCACUGUCCAUAAUAGGUUUCUGGUCUGAUGUUAAACAACAGCAGUAGAGUAUAAUGAGUCAUAAUUUCAGUUCUUUUCUAAAAUGUUAACUCGGUUACAACUUUACUUCCCUAAUUUUAAUCUGGCAUUUUCUAGGCCACUGGCUUUCAGCUGAGGGUUUACAUUACUUAUCUCUGAAGUCUUAUUAAUAUAUAAACGUGUAGGACCUGCUCCAGAGUUACUGAAUCUCUCUGCUUGAUAUUGUUGAUAUAUUGUUGAUAUAUUCUUAUAUGAUUGGGGUAUUCAUAGCAUGUUAUGUCUCAGGAUUAUUAUACAUUAAGUAUCAAGAUAUUUUUUCUCUGUAAAACAUGUUCAUUCACUUUUAUAAGCUAGAUGCAAUAUUUACUAUCUUCUUUGAAAAUAUGGUUGAUUGGCAUGUCUAUAGCCAUUUUAUCUAAAAUUUAUUUUGGAAUGACUUUGUUAUUUCUUGUUAUUCUUGUUCCAAAAUUCCUUGUUAGUGGCAUUAUUCUUGUUAUAAACUCUCAUCAGAUCUUUUGCUUUUGAAAAUUAUAAGUAAUAAGUUCAUCACAGCCAUUUAAAAUCUUUUGUCAUUCAUACAUAGUUAUUUUAUUUUACUCUGAUGCUGCCCUGAAAGCAUUUGCAGUCAGCUACAUGCCAAAGUGUUUCAUCUUCGACAAGGAAGGACUGCAAAGCAUCAUAGGAAAAAGACAACCGUGCCAGGUACUUGGGGUAUGGGCCCCUGACAGCAUGGCUUAUACAACUUUGACCAUUCUACUGAGUCAGAAUUUCCAGAAUUCUGAUCAAGAAGCACAUGGGUUCAUUAGACUCUGUUAGGGAAAUAGAACAAUCCUGCCAUAAAAAAUACCCUUCCAUAUCAAUAGAAGAAAGAGAGAAAAUACAUUUUAUUGAGUAAGAAUUAACAGAUUUACAGGU